CCCUACACACGACCUGAGUUGCGUCUCUGAAAGUGGUUUAGAGUAAUUCCAGCUGAAGAAAGAGGCAGGUCUGGUGUAAAACAAAUAAAACAAGUAAAUAAAGAGUUGUCAGAUCGAGCUGCACCCUGAGGUUCUGCGAGGAGCGACUUGUUUUCCUGAUCCGACAACAAGUCUGGGUCUCUGUCUGCAGCCGAGCCGCCGCAGUGGACUCUUGUUUUGGUUUUGGUGCGCGCGAUGAUGGCCACUUACCAAAGCCCGGAGGAGGACCAGAUGGCCUUAAUGAUCCAUGACACCAACACCAGCAAGGACAAGGAACGGCUCAAAGAGGAGCCGGUCCAGGUCAAAGUCACGGAGAAGCCGGACCCGUCCCAGAAGCCGCCGUACUCGUACGUGGCUCUCAUCGCCAUGGCCAUCCGCGAGAGCUCGGAGAAGCGCCUCACGCUGUCCGGCAUCUACCAGUACAUCAUCAGCAAGUUCCCCUUCUACGAGAAGAACAAGAAAGGCUGGCAGAACAGCAUCCGGCACAACCUGAGCCUCAACGAGUGCUUCAUCAAGGUGCCGCGCGAGGGGGGCGGCGAGAGGAAGGGCAACUACUGGACCCUGGACCCGGCCUGCGAGGACAUGUUCGAGAAGGGCAACUACAGGAGGAGGCGCAGGAUGAAGCGACCCUUCAGACCCCCGCCGACCCACUUCCAGCACGGGAAGGGCCUCUUCGCGGGGGACGGCUACGGCUACCUGUCCCCGCCCAAGUACCUGCAGUCCAGCUUCAUGAACAACUCGUGGUCCCUGGGCCAGCCGCCGGCCCCCAUGUCCUACACGUCCUGUCAGAUGGCCGGCGGGAACGUGAGUCCGGUGAACGUCAAGGGGCUGACGGCCGCCCCCUCCUACAACCCGUACUCCCGCGUGCAGAGCAUGGCGCUGCCCGGCAUGGUGAACUCUUACAACGGCAUGAGCCACCACCACCACCACCCGGCGCACUCCCACCACCACGCGCAGCAGCUGAGCCCGGCCACCGCCGCGCCUCCGCCGGUCUCCUCCAGCAACGGCGCGGGCCUUCAGUUCGCGUGCUCCCGCCAGCCCCCGGAGCUGUCCAUGAUGCACUGCUCCUACUGGGAACACGAGAGCAAACACUCGGCGUUACACACGAGGAUUGAUAUUUGAACUUUGCCAACUCUUUAUUUGUUUAAAAAAAUAGAAAAAAAUUUAAAAAAAAGAAGAAAAAAACAAGACUGAGAGUUGAUUCCUGUGAUUUCAAAACAGAACCAACAGUAUUUUUUUUAAAGAAGAGCCGCUGGGGACUUUUUGUUUUGGUGGAAGGAGUUUUACUAGAAUUGAAACGGGAGCUUAAGGAGACGCCAGGCAGCACGAGCUCUGGGAGCCAUUUCGUGCUCCUGCAUGAAAAACUGGGACUGAAGCCUUAAACGUUUUUACUGAAAA